CAUGAUCCUCCUGCUUCAGCCUCCCAAGUGCCAGGAUAGAAGUUUCCUGCUACCAGUUGAGAGACUGGGCUGCCUUCUCACCUGACUGUCACCACUGCGGGCGAAACCUGGUAGAUGGAGAGAAGUGACAGUGCCAUCUACUCCACCAUCGAGCUGCCCAGCGCAGCCCAGGCGCGGGAUGACUGCAGACCACAGCAAAAGGCGUUUUCUUGUAGGUCGUCUCUUUUCUGUUUUGUGGCAAUCGCUCUGGGGUCUCUAAACAUACUUCUUACAAGUUUGCUGCUGUCCCAGUGGAUUCUGUGCCAAGGCCCCUGUGACUCCACGUGUGCCAGCUGUCCUAGCUGCCCAGACUUCUGGAUGAGAUACGGUAACCAUUGUUAUUAUUUCUCAGUGGAGAAGAAGGACUGGAAUUCCAGUUUGGAAUUCUGCACAGCCAGCGACGCACAUCUCCUGAGGCUUACAGACAAUCAGGAAAUGAGCCUACUGCAAAAUUUAAUCGAUCAGGACUUUUACUGGAUUGGCUUGAGGAAAAAUUCUAGUUGGAGGUGGGAAGAUGGAUCAGCUCUAAACUUUUCAAGGGUUUCUUCUAACAGCUUGAUUCAGAGGUGUGGUGCUAUCAGCACAUAUGGUCUCCAAAGCUCUAGCUGUGAAGUUCCUUUACAGUGGAUCUGUAAGAAGGUCAGACUCUGAAGGAUGGCCACUCUGUCCUGAGCCUCAGAUCUGUCAUAUAUCUUUAAAAAGAAGAAACUGGUCACUGGGAUGUUGGGCCAGUCAUGAAUAUAUAUUUAGCGAAUGCCAAACCUACUAAGGUGGGGCACUGUAUGGAAGAUUAGUGCUGCUUCCUGGGGACUGAUGCUUCACUGAUGGAUUGCCUUUGAGAUUAUUUGGGCAUUAGGCUAACAGUUUACAGCCCAGAUUGAGGUAAAUUUAUGAAAUAGAGAAAAGCCUGUAUUUAUGUGUUCGCUCUAGCAACUCAUGCUGGCUGUCUUAUCGCUACUUCUAUCAUCUCUGUCAAACACGUGCUUUUUCUUUCAUCAGAUUAACGCAUAAAGAAAGUGUGGUCUGUUUGCACAGUGGAAAAUUACUCAGCUAUAAAAAUGAAUGAAAUCUUGUCAUUUGCAGUAACAUUGAUGAGCUGGAGGACAUUUUGCUAAGAGAAAUCAUCCAGACACAGAAAGACAAAGCCUGUAUGUUUUACUCAUGGAUGUAAGCUCAAAAAGCUCAUCUCAUACGAGUGGAGAAUGGAACAGUGGUUACCAGAGGCUGGGAAAGGGAGAGGGUAAUAAAGAGGCUAGUUAACAGAUUUCUGGAGUCAUUUCUAGCACUCUGUAGCACAAUCGGGUGGCUAUAGUUAACAAUAAUUUAUUAUGGACUUCAAAAUAGCUGGAAGAGAGGACUUUGAAUGCUCUUUUAUGUUUGAGGCAAUGGAUGUGCUAAUCACCCUUAUUUGAUCAUUACAAUUUUAUACAUCAUUGAAGUGCCACAUUGUAUCUCAUAAAUGUGUACAAUUAUUAUGUAGUAAUUAAAAAUAAAGACCAAAUAAGACAAAUAAAAA